AUGAUAUUUGAUCGAUUUUGUUUACAAAUUUUACCUGAAAUUCACGAUAAAACCGCACGGCUUGAUCUUGAAUCAUCAACUAUGAAGCAUGUUUUGCGUGCUGUCGCUUAUCCUAAUUUGCAUGUUCUUGGUCUUUAUAAUAUUGACGAAGAAUCAAUUCGAUGUCUUUUUACUGGCAAGUUGUUUUUAUUCAAAGCAAAUGGAAGAUUCAUAACAACACUUUUUAUUGCAAUUGAUAAAAAUUUUGAAAGUUACGACGAUAUGCUAUCGUCAGCGGCAAAAAUAUUUGAUGGCAUCUUGACUGUACUCACCCGUCUAAAUGCUCUAGCAUUACGGGAAUCAUCGUACAAAAAUUGUGUUCGAUUACGUUUUAAUGAUUCACUACAUCUUACUUUUCAUUCUUCAACUCUUUUAACAUCGAAUGUUAAUUUGCUUCAAGGUGAUAUACGAAAUCUGAAGAAUUUUUCUCUAUCGUGCGAUUUCAGAACAUCUGAUUGUAAUGAAGCAAUCCUACCACUUCUCUAUCGAAUGUCCAAUCUAGAACAACUCGGUUUGUAUCUUCUAGUUUAUGUUGAGCAAGCCUUUAUUGAUGGAAACCAUUUGAAGAGAAACAUUAUUAACCGUAUGUCACGAUUGAACCAAUUUACAUUUUCUAUUAUUUCACAUAUGUAUAUCCGUAAUAAAUUGAAUUUACCAUCAACAAAAGAUAUUCAACACACAUUCAUUGGGUUUCCUACUAAUGAAAUAAUUUCUUAUGUUGAUUAUUUUCCCGAAGCAGAACAAGGUCAAUGUCAUAUUUACUCAUAUCCGUUCUUAAUGGAACACUAUCCAGAUAUCACAAAUAAUUUUCCAGGUGGAUUAUUUCAAUAUGUUCGUGUCGUUUCAUUAUUUGAUGAACAUCCUUUUGGACAUGAAUUUUUUGUUCGAAUUCAGAAAUCAUUUCCGUUUUUGGAAGAAUUAUAUUUGACUAAUCAUAAAUCACAAAAUCAAAAACAAUUCUAUGAAUCAAGCAGUGAUAAUCCAAAUUUAUCUGUUAUUCAAUAUUCUUUUCUUACUAAACUUGUUAUCGAUGAUGAUUAUAUAGAGCAAUUUUUAUUUGAUACUAAAAUGUAUUUAAAAAAAUAUAAUUAUUCUGUAUUCCGUAUGAAUCUUUACAACGAGUAA